AUGGAUAACUAUCAUGUUUUAGAAAUAAUUGGUGAAGGAUCAUUUGGAAAAGUUUACAGUGGGAGAAAGAAGUUUACAUCACAGAUAGUGGCUUUAAAGUUUAUACCGAAGGUUGGUAAAUCAGAGAAAGAAUUGAGAAGUUUAAGAAGAGAAAUAGAGAUAAUGAGAGGUUUACAUCAUGAAAAUAUUAUUGAAAUGUUAGAUAGUUUUGAAACAGCUAAGGAAGUAGUUGUCGUAACAGAUUAUGCUGAAGGUGAAUUAUUUCAAAUUUUAGAAGAUGAUGGAAAUCUUCCUGAAGAACAGGUGCAGACCAUAGCUUGUCAACUAGUUUCAGCUUUAUUCUAUCUCCAUUCACAUCGUAUAUUACAUAGAGAUAUGAAACCACAGAAUAUUCUGCUAGGGAAAGGAGGAGUUGUUAAAUUAUGUGAUUUUGGUUUUGCUCGAGCUAUGAGUUUUAAUACAUUAGUCCUUACUUCUAUUAAGGGAACCCCAUUGUACAUGUCACCAGAAUUAGUGGAAGAGAAACCUUAUGAUCAUACAGCAGAUUUAUGGGCAUUAGGUUGUAUUAUGUAUGAAUUAUUUACUGGUACACCACCAUUUUAUACUAACAGUAUAUUUCAACUAGUUAAUAUGAUCAUUAAAGAUCCGGUUAAAUGGCCGAAAAAUAUGAGUCCAGUAUUCAAAGAUUUUCUCCAAGGAUUGUUAAAUAAAAACCCUAAAUUAAGAUUAUCAUGGCCCCAGCUUCUUCACCAUCCUUUUGUAACUCAUGGUAUCAAAGUUUGUCAAGAAGAUAUAUCACUAUCCAGUCCAUUCACUCAGCCACUUACAGCUUCAAUGGUUAUAAAGAAAGAACAACAAACUAAAGAAAAGACCCAUGCUCCUGGUGCAUCUAAAAUAUUGGCUAAAGCCAGGAAAAAAGCUGCUGAAGAUGAGAAAAAGAAGAAAGAAAUCAGUGCUAGACCUGAAGCUUGGGGUAACGAAACAAAAUCUCAUCCUCCUGAACCAAUGCCAAUUCAUCCUGAUAGACCACAUUCAGAACAAUGGGCAGAUGAUACUAAGAAAGUGGAACCUACGCCCAGACCCGAUAGAAUUAGUAAAGAUUAUCACCAGGAAUAUCCUAGUAUAGAAAUAGAGGGCAGGAGAACUAUUAAAAAAACACCUGCUCCUGGUACAGAGCCUGCUGGUCAAAAUAACAUAGAUCAGGUGAAACUAGAAGGAGAACAUGUAGAAGGAGAGGAAGUAGAUAGUGAUGAUGAAUGGCAAGGUUUAAUAGAUACAACAGAUCAAGAUGGUGACCCUGAUACAGCUCUAGGUUUAUUAGAUGAUAAACAGUUUAUUAAUAAGUUAUUAACACGGUAUAAGACCAGUAAGAUACAAGUAUUAGAUGGUAUGCUAGAGGGAGCUGCUAGACUACGAUCAUUGUUACGUAUUAUCACCAACUUGGUUACUAUUAAAUGUGAAGUUGGUAAGAUUGUAAAUUUUACUAAAUGUAUGACUAUACCAAGUCAAUUGAUAAAAACAUUGGUAGAUAUACUAGAUAGACCUAAAGUUAAACAGCAACCAUGGUGUCAACAGAUAAUGAUAGAUAUAGUUAUAGCUAUUAAUGCUUAUUUUGCUGGUGAGAUAGGGUGGAGUGAUCAGCUAGAGAAACCAGUUAUAGAAGAAUAUGUGGACUCUAUGAAGCAGUUUAUGAAUCUGGUACCUAAAUUAAUGUUUCAACCGGUUGAUGAAGAUAUUAGAUUGAGAGAACAGACAUAUCUGUGUAUUAUGUAUAUUAGUGAAGUGAUGGAGAGAGAUAAGUUAGAUAUAGUUAAUAGUUAUUAUACCAGUCUAGCUAGUAGAAAUACUAUAGCUCUAGAAACAUUAUUACAGUGUACUCAGUCAGAUCCUCUGGUGGUGAAAAGACUCUCAGAACUGGUAGAAGGUGAUAUGAAUAAAGCUAAUGAUAGGUUUAACCAUAUGAUAGAGAUGGCUAUAGGUUGUUUAACUGCUAUGGUAGCUUUACCAAUGAAUGGUGAUCAUGGAUUAGAAGGCAAGAGAAAGGUAGCAUUAUUCCUGGGAGAUAAACUGGCCACAGAAGAAAUAGCAGACACAGCCAAUAAUUUUAUAAUUUUAUUACGACAUCCACCAAAUUGUAAUAAUAUUUUAAAGAUUAUCUAUGCUUGUUGUCAAGUAUCUAAGAAUCUAUGUUUGUUCAUUUCUAAUACACCACAACAUAUGGAAUCAUUACUAGGAAUAUUGAUGGGUCAAGUAGAAGUUGCUGAUAUGGAGGUAAAUACAGUCAUAGAAACAGUUUUACAUAUAUUAAGUACUAUUAUAAUACAAAUACAGUCUCUUCCACCAAUAAUAUCAGAAGCUGCUGGGAUGAUGGUGACCUUUUUCUUAGAUUCCACAAUAGCUAGUCACACUGCUGCUGGAGCGUUGUUGUUUAGUCAGAUGGUAUAUUGUGGCGUAUCUGUUGAGGUUCAACCAGAAGAUAUGUUACAAGCUUGUUUAUCAGUCUUUACAGACAUAGCUGAGAUCUGUGUAAGAUGUCCGUUUGAUUAUGGUGUAUUAGAUGGUUUAUUAUUAUUAUUGUGUGAACUUUUAUCUCAGGCUGAUGUACCAGUAGCUCAACUAUAUAUAGAAAGUGGUAUAUGGGGGACACUGUGGCAUCGUGUAGCCCAGGCUAUUAAAGUUAGUAAUCCUGACACCAAUCUACCCAUACAUGAUAUAGAAGGGGAAGGAAAGAUAACUAUAGAUGGUUUUAGUCCACCUGAUUGGAAUCUAGUAUCACCACAAGGUGUCAUGGCAGUGUUGCAAAUGGCCGUCACUGUGUUUACUAAAGAAACGUAUCAAUGUAUACCAAAUCUAGCUGCUGCCGAUAGUGUUGUCAUGUUAACACUAGUACAUCUUCUACAUAGAGAAUUCUUACAAGUCAUGUCCAAGUGUCUAAAUGAAGAUGGUAAAGAAGUUAUAGUUGAAAUGAUCCUAGAAGUAACUCAGUUAUGUUGUUUUCCAUUUGCUGUUGAUACUAAUGAAGAACUAUUAGCUGAAAUACAGCAUUGUUUAUAUACGUGUAAUAUCUUACCACGAUUAUUGUUUGCUAGUUGUGAAUAUUUAAAUAAAGAACUACUAGAGACACCUAUUGGUUUAAUAGCUAGAUUAGUUUUAGGUAAUGUGAUAUUUGUAGAACAGUUUGCUCAAGCUGUGCAUGAUUACAAUUGUGUAUCAUUCCUGUGUCGUUGUAUACAACCAACCAACUCUCUAUCAGUUAUAUGUGAUAUUAUAUCAAUCUGUAGUCAUCUAGUUCGUACCUCACCAGCCCACCUUCCAUUAGUUAUGGCUGUAUUUCAGGGUCAAAAGGGAGAUUAUGAACCAUUAGUUACUCUUCUGACUCACAAUUCAUCAGCAGUAAAAUCUCGGACCUGUAGUUUAUUAGGAAACGUAAUGAAACACGAUUCCAAAAUGUAUUCUGUCUUAAAACAAAGAGAAAAGGUGUUUUCCAGUUUAGUAAAAUGUCUUCAGGAUGAAGAUUCAAAUGUUAGAAAAGGUGCUAGUUAUGCUGUAGGUAAUGCCAGUUAUCAUAAUGGUGAUUUAUAUACCAGAUUAAAACCAGCUAUACCAUUAUUAGUUACAUUAUUACAAGACCCAGUUUCUAAAACUAAAACUAAUGCUGCAAGUGCAUGUGGUAAUUUAGGAAUGCAUUCUCCAGCAUUAUGUAAUGAUAUUAAAAAGCUGAAAAUGAUACAACAUUUGUUACAUGUUGCUGUAACUGAUAUUAGUCCUCAUGUUCAAAUAUCAUCAUUACUGGCUUUGAGAAGUCUUUGUUUACAAGCUGAACUAAAAAAGGAGAUGAUAGAAUUGAAUGCUAUAAAUAAGUUAGGAAAUAUAAGCAGUGGAAGUCUCUCCCGUCCUGGUACAGCUAGUUCUUCCCGUCCAGUAUCAGCCUUUUCUAGACCUGGCACAGCCAACUCAAUGUCUAGCAAUAGUAAUCAUGUUAAUGACAAUGUAUCCAGUCACUGUAACAAACUUGUCAAAUUUCUUCAAUCAUGA